AGUAAUAAACUGUUCGUAGUUUAGAGUUGGGUGUUUUGUUCUGUGAAAGCUUUUGUUUUUCCCGGAUUCUUUCAUAUCAGCCUGUAAGUUCAGUGUUAUGUGGGUGGUAUAUUUUAAUUUCACAAAAACGGGUGACCUCUUCUUAAUAUCAAAUAUUAUUUUAUUUAUUUAGAAAUAAGGUACAUCUAUGUUUUUAUCGCACACUUUUAACAAAAUCAUGCCUACUCCCCAUGACAUAGUACGUAUUUUGUAGCAGUAAAUAAGGGUUUUUACUGCUACUAAAUACGUUAUUUGCCGGGGUGUAUUAUUUACAUCACGAAAAAACGUAGACGUUAUGUAUACAUUCUACUCGUCUGAAAUUAAUCCGCUUAAAAUUCAAUGUAUAUCCUCAGUAAGUAUCAUGUUUUAGUGUAAUAAUUAAACGCGAGUCGAAACUAUAAUAAGCCAUAUUACGGAAUAUCGAUCCGUCUUCGGAUAAUUGAUUUCUGGUAAAAUCAGACCAAAAUAAGUUUUAAAUUCAAAUUAAAUGAUUGUUUACUAAUCAGUGCAUCGCAGCUAGACGCUGAAAAAAAUGAUUUCUUGUCUCUUUGCCAACUAACUAAUCGAAUAAAAAUCACUUUUAACUUUAUUGCGCAGUAGCUUUUUUUAGAUGUUUGUUUCGCUGAAGCAAAAUGUUAUUUUUCUUCACAGAUCUAUUGUUAAAUAAUUCUUACAAUCAAGGUCUUUGUUAAAUGGAAUAUUUCUUGAUACAAAACAUAAGUGUGUGAUAAUAUACAAUAAAUAAAUGUAUCUGUUCUCCUUCUCAAAGAAAUAAAAAUCAAAACGCCUAAAAUGGCAUAACAGAAAAUAGGGAAUAUGAACAUUUUUUUUAAAAGAUUUCAUUUGAUAAUAUACAUGUUUAAAUGAAUGUAUAAAAUACCCUAAAAUUUAAUGACAAUAAUAAUAUAUGAAUAUAAGUAGGUAACAACUAAGAGCAGUUUAAACGCCGGAAUCUGGCGCGCUUGUCGUGACGUCAAAGUAUGCGAUUAGAUGGAUUUUGAGUGAUUAAAUAAAUUAUCUAAAUCAAUGUUUUUAAAGUUUUAUAGACUUUUUUAACUUUUUUAGUUGAAUAGUUUACCAAAUUAGUAAAAUAAAAAAUCAUUUUGAUUGUAAUCUGCUGUUUAAUUUGCAAUAUAAUACAUGUUGAUAUAAACAAAAUCGUCUUUACUGUACAUUUUCGUCACAUCUGCUCUGACAAGUAGCAUGGCGUUUCAAUAUUUUAAAGUUCCCCUUUUUUGCAAUUUUCAAUAAUCAUUUUCAAGACGAAAACGAAGUAAUGUUGAAAAAUAUUCACAUAGACUGUAUUUUAAAGUAAAAAUAAUGAUCGUCAUAAAAUAUAUUUCACCCUUUUUUUAAUCAGACGUAUAUUCCCUAUUGAGGUAACCUGUGAGGCCAGCACAGAUGAAGCUUAGAUGAACCACCCGCACAUAUAAUCAGUGAAAUUAAAUAAUAAUGGUUCAUCAUUACAAAUUCUAUAAGGUUAUGUACUAUUUUAAUCUUUACUGCUUUACUAGGGUCUUUACUAGGGAAUAAAAAAAAAACAUAAUAAAAUUGGAUGAAUUGUUCACGGGUCUAAGUUCUAGUCGUUCUCUAGUGUAUUUAUAGGUUUAUUAUAAUUAUUUUGAAAAAUAACGGAUUGUAUCAGGCCCGACGGGAUCCUUACCUGUCCUAUCCGGAUCCCGGGAUAUAGCUUUCUGCGCAAAUAUAUACGGUCACAAAUCAGCUUACCACAAUAUGUCAAAUUUCUUCAGUUGAUUUUUAACUUUACCCACAAAAUAUUAAAGUUUAAAAUCAAGUGGAGAAAUUUGACAGAUUUGUAUAACCGCAAGCGGUUGAAUACACAUCAAUGAGCCACUCCGUUGUAUCUUACCGUAUCCUUAUAUAUAUCUCCAAUACUUACAUCAUUUGCAUUUUAUAUGGUUCAGGUAACAAGAAUGAGUUCUCCACCGAGAACAGAUUUAGAUGAAGACGUAUAUGUAGAUGUAAAUGCGCUACCGUUGCGGCCGCCACAGCCGCUAUUGCCGCCCGAAAAACCGGUGAGACGACCUUGGCACCCCGUCAUGUGGGACAACUCAAUAAUCGGCGUACCACCACCGGAAUCCAACGAAACAGAGGAGCCCAGUAAUGGAUCUCAUGAAUACCCACACAAGCAGCGCAUACGCAAUUUGAGGCGGUUAAUCGCAGAUGGCAAAGUCAAGCCCACUUCAGAAACACUGAUAUUUUUCCUGUGUAAUAAGUUUGCCGUGUCAGACGAUAGGCAGAGCAAAGUUUCGUAAACAUUAUAAUAAACUUUUUACAUUAAUACUUGUAUAAAAAUUUAAAAUUAACCAAAAUCGUAACCGAUGAUAAGUUCGUGCACUAAUGUUAAAUAGGGUAAAGAGAAAAAAAUAAAUUUCGUAAAAAUCU